CUCGCUCAGUGCCGGGGCCGGGGCCGGGGCUGGGGCCGCCUCCCCCGGCUCGGGGCCCGGGCAGCCGCGGCCAUGUCGCUGCCGCCGCUCUUCCUCCUCCUCCUCUUCCUCCUGCUGGGGGCCGGCGGGCUGCGGGCGGCCGAGCCCGGCGCUGCUGCUGCUGCUGCUGGUGGUGGUGGUAGCAGCAGCGCCAUGGAGGAGCUCGCCACCGAGCAGGAGGCGGAGGAGAGCCACCGGCAGGACAGCGUGAGCCUGCUCACCUUCAUCCUGCUGCUCACCCUCACCAUCCUCACCAUCUGGCUCUUCAAGCACCGCCGUGUCCGCUUCCUCCACGAGACCGGCCUGGCCAUGAUCUACGGACUCAUCGUUGGGGUGAUCCUCAGGUACGGGACUCCCUCUACCAGUGGCCACGAUAAACCCUUCAGCUGCUCACAGGAGGACAGGCCGUUUACAACCCUGCUGGUCAAUGUCAGCGGGAAGUUCUUCGAAUAUACACUCAAAGGGGAGAUAAGCCCUGGGAAGAUCCAUAAUGUGGAGCAAAAUGACAUGUUGCGAAAGGUAACAUUUGACCCGGAAGUCUUUUUCAACAUUCUGUUGCCUCCUAUUAUCUUUCACGCUGGUUAUAGCCUGAAGAAAAGACACUUUUUCAGGAAUUUGGGGUCAAUUUUGGCCUAUGCCUUCUUAGGAACAGCAGUCUCUUGUUUUAUCAUUGGGAAUCUCAUGUAUGGGGUUGUGAAACUAAUGAAGUUGGUGGGACAGCUCUCUGGUAAAUUCUAUUAUACAGACUGCCUCCUCUUUGGAGCAAUAAUAUCUGCCACUGAUCCAGUUACCGUGCUAGCAAUAUUUAAUGAGCUGCAUGCUGAUGUUGAUCUCUAUGCCCUUCUGUUUGGGGAGAGCGUGUUGAAUGACGCUGUUGCCAUUGUAUUAUCUUCAUCGAUAGUUGCCUACCAGCCAACAGGUGAAAAUACCCAUGCUUUUGAUGCAGCAGCAUUUUUCAAGUCGGUUGGUGUUUUCCUGGGAAUAUUCAGUGGUUCUUUCAUGAUGGGAGCAGUGACAGGAGUAGUGACAGCUCUGGUGACGAAGUUUACCAAGUUGCACUGCUUCCCCCUGCUGGAAACGGCUCUCUUCUUCUUGAUGUCCUGGAGCACCUUCCUGCUAGCAGAAGCUUGUGGAUUUACCGGUGUGGUGGCUGUCCUGUUUUGUGGAAUUACCCAGGCACAUUAUACAUACAAUAACUUGUCAGUCGAAUCAAGAAGUCGCACCAAGCAGCUAUUUGAGGUAUUGCACUUCCUGGCUGAGAACUUCAUAUUUUCUUAUAUGGGUUUGGCACUGUUUACUUUCCAGAAACACAUAUUCAGCCCAGUUUUCAUCAUUGGAGCCUUUGUUGCGAUCUUUUUGGGCAGAGCUGCGCACAUCUACCCUCUGUCUUUCUUGCUGAAUCUGGGCAGAAGGCAUAAGAUCAGCUGGAACUUUCAGCACAUGAUGAUGUUCUCAGGUCUCAGGGGAGCCAUGGCCUUCGCUCUGGCCAUACGAGAUACUGCUACCUACUCGCACCAAAUGAUGUUCUCAACAACCCUCCUCAUAGUCUUUUUCACUGUGUGGAUUGUUGGUGGAGGUACAACUCCCAUGCUGUCAUGGCUGAACAUCAGAGUUGGUGACCGUGUUCCAUCGGUGGAAGAGAUGAGUGAAAGCCGCUGGCUGUAUUUCAGGGUUGGGGUUGACCCAGAUCAGGAUCCUCCACCUACUAAUGACAGCUUUCAAGUCUUACAAGGAGAUGGCCCAGAUUCUGAAAGAAGGAACAGAACGAAGCAGGAAAGUGCUUGGCUCUUCAGGCUGUGGUAUAGCUUUGACCAUAAUUAUUUAAAGCCAAUUCUCACUCACAGCGGCCCUCCGUUAACCACAACUCUACCCAGCUGGUGUGGCCUCAUAGCCCGCUGCCUGACGAGUCCCCAGGUUUAUGAUAAUCAAGAACAGCUUAGAGAAGAGGAUUCUGAUUUUAUUCUCAACGACGGUGACCUCACUGUGACAUAUGGUGACACAACAAUAACUGCAAACGGUUCCUCAGGCCCCCAUACAGCUACCACUAGCCUUGAUGGCAGGAGAACAAAGAGUAAUUCAGAGGAGGCACUGGAACGUGACUUGGGAGCAGCAGACCAUGAAGUUACGAGCAGGGGUACCCGGCUAGUUUUUCCUCUGGAAGACAAUGCAUGAUUACUGACUCAGUAAAAACAACUCUUGCUCUGCGGAUGGAUCAAGGAAGACUGCAGGCCACUGUGUCACUUGAGGUGGGAUGCUUAUUUGAACAAGUUAAUGUGUUUGAGUGGUUUUACUAAGGUCUGAAGAUGUCCCCUAUUUUUUACUCAAGAUGCUGACAGUGGGGGUUUUCUAAAUGUCUGAAAACAGACAAAUGAAAACUGGUCACGCUCUGCUUUUAAACCACACAUUGAAUCUCAGUAUAAUUAAGAUGCUGCAGUUGUCUUGUUCAGCUGCAGCAGCUCUCUCUGAGAAGAGGUAUGUGGCAAAAUUGUCAUAGAACUGAGCUUGUCUUGGCUUAGCUUGUGAAUGUGGAAGAAGAAAUAUAAACGAGAUGAUUAUGAGACAAAAAGGAAUGUGUGUGUAUCUGAAUGUGGAGAGAUCCAUUGUUAACUUCUCUAGUGAGGAUGAGGAAUCCAGAGGUAAAAUGGGACAGUGUACCUUAGGAGCACAGGCUCGUGAAUGCAGCACUGUGGCAAAUCUGUUACUACAAGCUGUACUUAAUGUGUUUCAGGGGAAAAAAAAAAGGGAAAAUUUCUUCACUGGACGUGUAUUUAAAUAGGAAGACAAUGAGCUGUUUGUCCCCUUAGCUUUGGGCAACUUGACUACUAGCCUACGUCUAGUGCCUCAAAAGCGUAACGUCCAACUUCUUGUGGUCCAAGACAUGCCUGGAGCCAGGCUCUUGAGCAGAAGUCAUGAGGAAAAACCUUCUCUCCCUUAAGGCUAUUAAAAUCAGUUGAAGAUAGGUGGAAAUAUGUCUUGGGCUGGGGAAAACAGCUGAUAAGAGGAGGAAAAAGAAGGGAAGGGGAAAAAAAAAAAAAGAAAGCAGUAUUGAAGUUGCGUGGAACCGUGAGGUUUCAUAUUUCUCAGAAGAAUCCAUAGACUCUGCUUGCAGUUCCUGUGUGACAAACAGCAAACAUUUAACUAUAAGGACAGACAAACAUUGCGGGCUUUACCAUUUGUGUCUAUCCGAAAAGGAAGGUGUUUACUGCUCUUCUUUUUUGCAGAGUAGAUGUGAAACUUCAGUGGGGCAUUGCACAACAAUAUAUAAACUACAGAAGUGACAAACUGUAGUAUCAUCUUAAAUGUGAAAAGGGAAAAUAAAAUCUUUGCCUAGUAUUUAGCCCAUUUACAUGUAGGCUAGCUUUAACGUAUUGCUUAAUGCUUUUUACUUUCAAAGUGAGGCGAUAUCAUUGUCUUUGCCAGUAGCUGAAAACUGUUAUGCUUUGAAGAGCAGUUCAGCUGUUUAAAGCAUGCUAAAAUGUCAUUUCCCAUGUCUCGAAAGGUUUAUUUUUCAAACCAUUCUGUGGCCCACUAAUGUGAUGUAAUAUCAGUUUGUCUAAAAAUUGUGGUUUUAUCUUGCUGCCAUUUCAGUUGUUUGUCAUAAAAUUGUGUGUGAGUAAAUACCCACUCUGUUUUUCCACAACUAUUAAACUUAAUGAUGGGCUAACAAUGACAACUUGCUGCUACAGAGAAACAUUGCAGUUGUAUCGUCUAAGUCUGCUUUCUUUCAAAUGUGUUUGAGUGAUCUACCUCCUUGUGUGUCCCUCCAAGAUGAAAUUUUUAAAGGGCAUUGAUCUGUAAUGACUAUCUGACAUUAAAGAAGAAAGACUUGAGGAAACAUAGAAGCUUUUUUUGUGGGGAAAACUGGAGGUCUGAGCUCUGUUCUUACAUGGUGAAGAGUAACAAACCCUGAUGAAGAUCUCUGAGAAGAACAAACUCGAGAAAGACAAAGAUGGCAAGGAUCCACACUCUAUUUAUACUGUCUGUGGCUUGUUUUAUUUUAUUUUUCUUUUUAAGUGCUGGCAGUACAAAAAGUAGCUUAAAAACUAUGAAAACAAGAGUCUUGAGGACCCACUCUGAGUGAGGACUUGAGGCUUCAACAACAGUUAAUUGAGUUAUCAGCGAGUUGUAUGAACUAAAUUUUGGCUUGAGACGGUGAAAUCUAUCCAAAAUAAACGUACAUAAUACAGUAAGGCAAACCUUUACAGGCAGCUUGAAGCUGAAAUGUACCAAAUUACUUUGACUGGAAAACAGGGGUGUAUGCAGAGAUCUGUUCCUCAGAAGAAAGAUCAUGUACAGAUUGUAAAAAUAAAAAAUCUAUUUCAUUAGAUCUCUUAGGAAGACUAAAGUAUUUUGAAAGCAUCAGUAAAUCAUCUGUAGUAGAUUUGUCUAUGUUUAUAAUUUCUAUGGCAAAGAUAAAUGGCCAAGAGUGACUUCUUACACAGGCAGAUAGUAACAAGACCAAGGGGAAUGGCUUUAAACUAAAAAAGGGUAGUUUUAGGUUAGGUGUAAGGAAUAAAUUCUCUCAGAGGGCGGUGAGGCCCUGGCACAGGCUGCCCAGAGAAGCUGUGGAUGCCCCAUCCCUGGAGGUGUUCAAGGCCAGGCUGGAUGGGGCUUUGGGCAGCCUGGUCUGCUGGGAGGUGUCCCUGCCCAUAGCAGGGGGGUUGGAACUGGAUGGGCUUUAAGGUCCCUUUUGACCCAAGUCAUUCUAUAAUUUUAUGAAUCGAGUUUGCCAGUAAGCCCAAAAUGUGGUUGUGAAAGGGCAGGGAAAGUAGACUGAUCACUGAUGAGAAGUGAUGAAUAAAGUAGUCUAACUUUUGUAUGCGAGAAUUACUUGAAACACUUCUCCAACAUAAUGAGGAAAGACCUGUACACACAACCUUAGUUUUAUUCCUUGAUUUUUUUAAAAAUUCUUUUUAAAAAUCUUUUAAUUCUUUAUUUUAAAUCUUCAAAAAUGUCAGCUGAAAUCUUCCACUGUCAACUGAAGGUAAGCUGCACUAUCUAGCCUGUUCUUACUACAUUGAUCCCUGUACAAAAUUCCCAAUUUUCCUUUACUGAAAAAGUGGGGGGGAGACAAAAGCAAGAAACAAAAUCAAGAAAAAAUAUAAUAAAGCUGCUUGCCCUGAAACAACACGUUGUCCUGAAAAGCUGCAUACUUCACCAACUAGUGCUCUCCGAAAGAUCCCUUCAGUUCCUUUCCAAUAAGUUGCUGAGCUGGCAAGAACUUGACCUACUGCACAGCAGAUGUGUAAUUUCUUAGGACUUGUGUGUGAGGUUUUGCACAGAGGAAACAGCCUAAGACUGGGAUGAACAGCAGUUGAUACAUACUAGCAUCCUUUCCAGAUAAGAAGAGGAAAGCAUGUAAGAUGAGGGUCUUCAUUGAAAAAAGUAUUGCUAUGCCAGCAUGGGGUGUUGCAGCCUGUGUGGCUGCAGCCUUGGGGAUGAGCGAUUCCUCCUUGUAGGUUUUUGCUUACUGCAUCAACUUACUGCUGUAAGUCUUCACCUGAAGUUGCCAAGGUAUCUCCUGAUAUGAGUCCCUGGUGGAGACGGGCAAAGUGAAGUCCCUGGUCUUCUUUCAGUACUUCAUAGAAGCUAACACUGAUUUAAUUGCAUUACAGGCCACAGCAAUAUACAAGUGAUACAUUAACAUGAUAUUCAGACACUAAGAAGUUACCUAAACCUCUCUGUAUGUUCAUCUGUAAUGUUUGGGGGAAGAAUUGUGAAGGCUUCCAUUUACAGAACUCAGGAGAACACUGAAAACACCCAGAUGAGGCGUUUUUGUGCUUAGCCUGCUGUUAAUUGUGUGAGUGUGAGACGAAUGACUUGUACACGCUGUGUGUUUGUGCAAAAAGGCUGGUUCCCAUAAUGUCUGCAGGCCUAUAGGCGGUUUAUCAGUUAAAGCUGAGAAGUAGUAGGGUGUUUUUUUUCCACAUGGAAGGAAUUGCCUUUGGGGAAAGGACUGCAGAAAUGUUGAGUGCAGGAAAAAAAUACAAAUGUGUUUGGCUGAACUUCCAGUGAGCUGAUCCGAGACAAAUACACUGCAAAGGUUAACGUGCCUGCUGUUACGAUAGCUGCUCUGUUUUGCUCCUGGGGCGGCCAGAAGACCUCGUAGGAAGAAGUCUAGCAACCUUAACAGACAGGGUAAGCAACUUAUACUAAUGAAGAGGCCCCACCCCAUGAUUUUAAUCAUUCAGCAAGACAAUUUGUAGAUUGGUGUGGGAAGGAUGGUCUGUCUUGUGUAACUUGUCUUGCAGUCUCUCUUCUCACAGUAUUGAUCAGAUUUUUUUUCUUUUUUUAAUUCUGAACAGUAAAACAGGGGAAACUAAUAUGUUUCACAUGCCUUUCAAGGAGAGUUCCAGUGUUUCUUUUAACUCCAUUUGAAGUAGCUCACAGGAAUAACAUGCUUGACCUCAGUCUUGGCAGACGUGGUCUCUGCUUCUGCACAAGUGUGGGAAUGGAAUUUGAGCGCUCAGAAGUCCCGGCGUGGUGAGCUGCUCCUCCAGAUGAGGGUGAGGGGAGGACCUUCGCGGGGAGGACUCUCAAACGCAUCAGCAGCAGGGACUGUUCCUCUCCCAAACAUUGAACUCGCGACCCGCUGAAGCUUAUAAGCAAGGGAGGGUGCAGGAAAAAAGGCAGUAAAUAUCCCCAAAUGGCCCCGGUGUCAUCUUGGUUGUGACUAGAGUCACAGAAAGCAGGACAGAGCUGCUUAGUACCACGAAUAUGUUCCUAAGCAAAAAACAGGCCCAGUAACAAUUUCAGAUGUUCCUAUAUUGAAAACUCAUCUUUAUAAGAAGCAGCUCCCACAAACCCCAUCUGCAGUGUAGUUAGGAGGGUCCUGCUUCCCAGGUCUGGGGAGGAGAUGUUCACAUGCUGCAGGGAGAAACCACAGGCACUUUUUGGCCUGUAAUGCUGGGAGUGCCCUUCUGAAAAAUAACUUCCAGUAGAAAGGAGCCUGCGAAGUGAAAGAGAAGGAAAGUGGGGAGGAAAUAGUGAAUUUCAGAGCCAGGAAAUGGCUUUAGCAGGCAGCUUUACUGUGGGAACAGCAUUGUAAACAACUGUUACUCUUAAUCCUGUACUCCUAAAUGCUGAAAAGUUUUGGGGGGCUUCUGCAUAACUUACCCUAAAGUAAGGCUGCUAGGAUAACACAACAGUAAUUAAACUACCCCUGUCCUAAUUCAUCAUAGAUUCAAAGCCUUUCACAGGGACAUCCUGAUUUUCUUCUAGUCCAGGGCAAGGAAAGGAACUUUGAACAAUCGUUUAAAAAUAAUUUCACAUCACUGCUCUGCUUUCUUGAAUGUAAAAAGUCUUCAGUGACUUUGAAAGUCAUUUUUAGGGUAAUACUAGUCUGAUAAAUGUGAAAGUGCCUUAUACAUGCAAGAUGUAAAUGUAGACCAAUUGUUUGCAUCUGUGUUGCAGACUCAAAUGACAUUUCACGUCUUAGUUUGAUACAGGAUGUGCACAAGCUUUUGCUAUGGAACUAGAUUAAGUACUCAAAGCAAGUCAGAUUUUGGGGUAAUAAAAUGAUCCAUCUGGUUUGGAUGCUUUAACCAAUACACCUUUAUCCUAUACUACUUUCUUAAUCAUGGUCUAGGUUUGAAGCUUUGUCUAGGGACUGAAACUGAACAGAGACAGCUCAUGACAACGUGUACUGGAAUAAAGGACUUUCUCGAUUGCCUGUGCUCUGUGUCAUGGAGCUUGAUGCUGUAGAAAAGUGUCAGCAUAGAGGGAAAUUCUGUUGCACUGGUGUGGAUAAAGCCAGUGCUCCUCCCACGUUCAUGCUCUGCAGCAUAGAGCCAGAAAGGACUUAGGUUGGUGCGUACAAAUGGGCAGCAAUCUUCAUUCUGGGGAAAAAAAA